UUUAAUCUGUAGUCGUCAUUCAUAACCCUAUUUUUCCAGUACAAAUCUGUACGAUUUGUCUAAGUUGUUUAGUUAUAAUAAUUUGAUUUUCUAUACAAUAAUUGUGACUAACUGGAGUUGUGAAUUAGCUGUUAACUUAUUCGAGCAAUAUACAAAAUGCCUAUCCUCGACGGGAAAGAAAUCGAUAUAUUCUUCAGCGAAGAAGAUCUGCCAUAUGAGGAAGAAAUAUUGAGGAAUCCUUUCUCAGUCAAACAUUGGCUUAGAUACAUAGAACACAAGAAAGCUGCACCUAAACAUGAAAUAAAUAUGAUCUAUGAGAGAGCUCUAAAAGAGUUACCCGGAUCAUUUAAACUGUGGUACAACUAUCUCAAACUUAGGAGAAGUCAAAUACGAGGCAAAUGCAUUACUGACCCUUGUUUUGAGGAUGUCAAUAAUUGUUUUGAAAGGUCAUUAGUGUUUAUGCAUAAAAUGCCAAGGAUAUGGAUGGACUACUGCACAUUUCUCACUGAUCAAUGUAAGAUAACAGGAACAAGAAAAGCCUUUGAUAGUGCUCUGAGGGCUUUACCAAUAACACAACAUCACAGAAUAUGGCCCCUUUACCUGAGCUUUCUAAAAAAACAUAAUAUUUCUGAAACAGCAGUUAGGGUCUUUAGAAGAUACCUCAAAUUAUGUCCAGAAGAUACUGAAGAAUACAUUGAUUAUUUAAUUUCAAUUAACAAAUUGGAUGAAGCUGCAGUUAAGUUAGCUCAAAUAGUAAACAAUGAAAAUUUUCAAUCAAAACAUGGAAAAUCUAACCACCAGCUGUGGAAUGAACUCUGUGAAUUAAUUUCUAAAAACCCUGAUCAAAUUCAUUCUCUUAACGUGGAUGCCAUCAUUAGAGGUGGAUUAAGACGUUAUACUGACCAGCUAGGACAUUUAUGGAAUUCUCUUGCUGAUUACUAUGUAAGAAGUGGAUUAUUUGAAAGAGCCCGAGACAUCUAUGAAGAAGCUAUACAAACCGUCACCACUGUAAGAGAUUUUACUCAAGUAUUUGAUGCCUAUGCCCAAUUUGAAGAAUUGAGUUUGAGCAAGAAAAUGGAAGAAGUUGCUAAAAAGCCUAGCCCUACUGAAGAUGAUGAUAUAGAUCUUGAACUAAGACUUGCUAGAUUUGAAUACCUUAUGGAAAGAAGAUUAUUAUUGCUGAACUCUGUACUUCUGAGACAAAACCCUCAUAAUGUGGCUGAGUGGCAUAAGAGAGUUAAACUUUAUGAAGAUAAACCACAUGAGAUCAUUGAUACCUACACUGAGGCUGUACAAACAGUAGAUCCUAAACUAGCUGUUGGUAAAUUGUACACCUUGUGGGUAGGCUUUGCAAAAUUUUAUGAAAAAAAUGAGCAAAUAGAAGAUGCAAGGCUUAUUUUUGAAAAGGCAACGCAAGUAAACUAUGCUAAAGUAGAUGACCUGGCCUCAGUCUGGUGUGAAUGGGCAGAAAUGGAAAUUAGACAUGAAAACUAUGAGGAUGCUUUGCAGCUUAUGCAAAGAGCUACUGUUUUGCCAACCAGAAAAGUUGCAUACCAUGAUGAUACCGAGACAGUGCAGAUGAGGUUGUAUAAAUCCUUAAAAGUCUGGUCUAUGUAUGCAGAUUUAGAAGAAAGUUUUGGUACUUAUAAAUCAUGUAAAGCAGUUUAUGACCACAUAAUAGACUUAAAAAUUGCAACCCCACAAAUUAUAAUAAAUUAUGGCCUCUUUUUAGAGGAACACAAUUACUUUGAAGAAGCUUUUAGAGCAUAUGAAAAAGGUAUAGCAUUAUUUAAGUGGCCAAAUGUUUAUGACAUUUGGAAUACAUACCUAACCAAAUUUUUAAAAAGAUAUGGUGGGUCUAAACUUGAGAGAGCUAGGGAUUUAUUUGAACAAUGUCUUGAACAUUGCCCACCAGAAUUUGCAAAAUCCAUUUUUCUACUAUAUGCAAAGUUAGAAGAAGAGCAUGGAUUGGCAAGACAUGCUAUGGCUGUUUAUGAAAGGGCAACCACUGCUGUCCUAACUGAAGAAAUGUUUGAAAUGUUUAAUAUUUACAUUAAAAAAGCUGCUGAGAUAUAUGGUGUGCCUAAGACACGUCAAAUAUAUGAAAAGGCCAUUGAAACUCUUCCUGAUGAAAAAGCAAGGGAGAUGUGUGUACGUUUUUCUGAAAUGGAAACUCGUCUUGGCGAAAUUGACAGGGCUCGAGCUAUCUAUGCACAUUGUAGUCAAAUGUGUGAUCCUAGAAUUACAGCAGACUUUUGGAACACAUGGAAAGAGUUUGAAGUACGACAUGGAAAUGAAGACACAAUGAGGGAAAUGCUAAGAAUUAAACGAAGUGUUCAGGCCACAUAUAACACGCAAGUUAAUAUGAUGUCAGCUCAAAUGUUGAGUUCAGCAGCUCAAGCAGCAGGUACUGUUUCAGACCUUGCUCCUGGUAUGAAGGAUGGUAUGAGAAUGUUGGAGGCUAAAGCUGCUGAGAUGGCUGUUCAAAGCAAGGGUAAUAUUUCAUUUGUACGAGGUGAAACCCAAGGCCUCAAGGAGAGUGCUGAUAAAGUGGUUAAUCCUGAUGAAAUUGACAUAGAUGAAGAUUCAGAAAACAGUGAAGAUGAGGGAGAAGUUGCUCCUGUACAGAAAAAAGAAAUUCCUGCUGCUGUUUUUGGAGGGCUUGUUAAAGACACUGACUGAACAAUAAUUAUUAUGUAAUAAGAAUUAUAUUAAUUAAAAAUAUUUUUAGUAAUAAA